AUGGCGUCAACACCCGCUCAAAAUGGAGCACCUCCAUCCUCGGUCAUGGAUGCAGUUCUAGUCCCCUCAAACGAAAUGCCUGUCGGUGCACAAAAAGUCGAAGAACUCGACUUCAACAAGUUCGCCGGUCGUCUGAUAACCGUUGACGAUCUUUUAAGUGGUAUGAACAACAUGGGGUUUCAAGCAAGUUCCAUUGGCGAAGCUGUUCGAAUAAUUAAUGACAUGCGUGCAUGGCGUGAUCCGGAAACUUCAGAUCGUACCACUAUCUUCCUCGGAUAUACUUCCAAUCUAAUUUCAAGUGGACUCCGGGGCACUCUCCGAUACCUCGCUCAACACCGCCACAUUUCUGCUAUCGUCACCACUGCCGGCGGCGUUGAAGAAGACAUCAUCAAAUGUCUUGGUCCCACCUACAUGGGCUCAUUUUCUACUCCUGGAGCAGAUUUACGCGCCAAAGGUCAAAACCGUAUUGGAAACCUUAUUGUCCCCAAUAACAAUUACUGCGCAUUCGAAGACUGGGUGAUGCCCAUUCUCGAUACCAUGCUUACCGAACAAGAAGAAUCGAAGAAAGAUCCCGACACUGAUAAUCACAUCCACUGGACUCCCAGUAAGAUAAUCCGGAGAUUGGGGAAAGAAAUCAAUAAUGAAGAGUCCUUACUUUAUUGGGCCUACAAAAAUGACAUCCCUAUUUUCUGUCCAGCUCUUACCGACGGAUCCCUAGGCGAUAUGCUUUAUUUCCACACCUUCAAAUCUUCCCCGGCUCAACUUCGUGUGGACCUCGUUGAAGACAUUCGAAAGAUAAACACUUUAGCCGUGCGAGCCAAACGAGCAGGAAUGAUUAUCCUAGGUGGAGGUGUAGUCAAACAUCACAUUGCGAAUGCAUGUCUUAUGAGAAAUGGGGCCGAAAGCGCUGUGUACAUUAAUACUGCACAGGAGUUUGAUGGAAGCGAUGCAGGGGCAAGACCAGAUGAGGCAGUUAGUUGGGGAAAAAUCAAGGUUGGAGCUGAUAGUGUGAAGGUGUAUGUCGAGGCAACUGCUUGUUUCCCAUUGAUAGUGGCAGGCACAUUUGCAAAAGACCAGGAGAAUAGUGGAUCUCAAACAGCUCAAAAACCUUCGGAAACAUAA